AUGUUCCAAGCAAGAAGCAAGAUCAUUAAGAAGGACGAUGUUAAGCCCACCGAUUUGGAGGAUGAAGCCGCUAAGUGCCUAUUAUAACUAGAGAUGAACAAUGCCAACUUGAAAGAGCAUUUAGCUCAGAUCUUCAUUAACAGUGCAGAUUUAACAGAAUACGAGCAACAAGACGGUUCAAGAAGCAAGUGCCUCCUCGUGAAGAUUCCUUACAGAUCAAUCACUGCUUUCCACAAGGUUAGCGAAAAGGUUGUUCACCACCUCGAGAGCAAGUUCAACUGGCCAGUCAUCGUUGUUGCUACCAGAACCAUCAUCUCAAAGAGAGGUAAGAAUUUUUCAACUUCUCAAAUUUAAAAUCUUGCCCACAUUGUUGGAACAAUCGACCUUAACCUUUUUCUUGUAGCAAAGAGAAACAGAACUCAAAAGAGACCCAGAAGCAGAACUCUAACUGCAGUUUACCCAGCAACCAUCACUGGCAAAACCACCAGAGUCAGUCUUGACGGAAAGAAGCACGUCAAGCUCUUCCUUGACCCACUUGACAGAGAGAAGGUCGAGAACAAGCUCGAUGCUAUGGCUCAAAUCUACCACAAGAUUACCACCCACAAGAUCAGCAUCCACUUCUCCAAGCCAAACUCUUUCCAAAAGAAAGUUUUGGACAGCAAGAAACAAUGA